AUGGAACGUGCUCGCAGGCUCGCGAACCGCGCCAUUCUGAAGCGUCUGGUUUCAGAGGCGAAGCAGUACCAGAAGAAUGAGUCCUUUCUGCAGUCUUCCACCACCCCCAUGCUGUUGUACUCUUCCUCCAGGUGCAUGUCCUCUGUUUCUUCCCCUGUUCUGCGAAACAGGGGAGCCAAAACAGAGAGCCUCCUGGGGAGGAACAUGAGCAUCACCAACAUCUCACGUGGAGUUGUCGGUGGUGGUUUUCUCAGUGUUGGCUCAACCCGAUCCAUCUCGGUUGAAGCGCUUCAACCGAGCGACACGUUCCCCCGCCGCCACAACUCUGCCACCCCUGAGGAACAGAGCAAGAUGGCAGUGUCUUGUGGCUUUGAGAGCCUUGAUUCCCUGGUUGAUGCCACCGUGCCUAAAUCAAUUCGCUUGAGUGACAUGAAGUUCGGAAAAUUCGAUGCCGGGUUGACAGAGAACCAAAUGAUUGAGCACAUGAAGUAUUUGGCCUCAAAGAACAAGGUUUUCAAGUCCUACAUUGGGAUGGGGUACUACAACACUCAUGUUCCACCAGUGAUCUUGAGGAACAUAAUGGAGAACCCUGCAUGGUACACUCAGUACACUCCUUACCAGGCUGAGAUAUCUCAAGGGAGGCUUGAGUCACUGCUGAAUUACCAAACCAUGAUCACUGACCUCACUGGCUUGCCUAUGUCCAAUGCUUCAUUGCUUGAUGAGGGCACUGCUGCAGCUGAGGCAAUGUCCAUGUGCAACCACAUUCAAAAAGGGAAGAAGAAGACCUUCAUCAUUGCAAGCAACUGCCACCCUCAGACCAUUGACAUUUGCAAGACAAGGGCAGCUGGAUUUGAUCUCAAGGUUGUGUCACAAGAUCUUAAGGACAUUGAUUACAAGUCUGGGGAUGUUUGUGGGGUGCUUGUUCAGUACCCUGGGACCGAGGGUGAGGUGUUGGACUAUGGGGAGUUCAUCAAGAAGGCUCAUGCUCAUGAGGUGAAGGUUGUGAUGGCAAGUGAUUUGUUGGCACUCACUGUGUUGAAGCCUCCUGGUGAGCUGGGGGCAGAUAUUGUUGUUGGCUCAGCUCAGAGGUUUGGGGUGCCAAUGGGGUAUGGAGGCCCUCAUGCAGCUUUCUUGGCCACAUCACAAGAGUACAAGAGGAUGAUGCCUGGGAGAAUCAUUGGAGUCAGUGUUGACUCUUCUGGAAAGACUGCUUUGAGGAUGGCAAUGCAAACUAGGGAGCAGCAUAUCAGGAGGGACAAGGCUACCAGCAACAUUUGCACUGCUCAGGCACUGCUUGCAAACAUGGCUGCCAUGUAUGCUGUGUAUCAUGGACCUGAAGGCCUUAAGAACAUUGCACACCGUGUUCAUGGUCUUGCUGGGGCAUUUGCUCUUGGAUUAAAGAAACUUGGAACGGUGGAAGUUCAGGACCUUCCCUUCUUUGACACUGUGAAGAUCAAGACUUCCAAUGCGCAUGCAAUUGCUGAUGCUGCUAUCAAAAAUGAAAUUAACUUGCGAGUUGUAGAUGGAAACACUAUCACUGUUGCUUUUGAUGAAACAACCACACUAGAGGAUGUUGAUAAGCUUUUCAAAGUUUUUGCUGGUGGAAAGCCAGUCUCCUUCACAGCUGCAACUAUUGCAUCAGAAGUUCAGAGUGCAAUUCCUUCUGGACUAGCUAGGAAGAGCCCUUAUCUGACACACCCUAUCUUUAACACGUACCAAACUGAGCAUGAGUUGCUUAGAUACUUACAUAGGCUACAAUCAAAAGAUCUCUCACUAUGCCACAGUAUGAUCCCACUGGGAUCUUGUACAAUGAAGCUGAAUGCAACAACUGAAAUGAUGCCUGUGACAUGGCCCAGCUUCACUGAUAUUCAUCCUUUUGCACCAAUUGACCAGGCUGAAGGUUAUCAGGAAAUGUUCAACAAUUUGGGUGAACUGUUGUGUACCAUCACCGGGUUUGACUCCUUCUCUUUGCAACCAAAUGCUGGUGCUGCUGGAGAAUAUGCUGGACUGAUGGUUAUUCGUGCAUAUCAUUUGGCAAGGGGAGACCACCACCGCAAUGUUUGCAUUAUACCUGUCUCAGCACAUGGUACAAAUCCUGCUAGUGCUGCUAUGUGUGGAAUGAAAAUUGUAUCUGUUGGAACUGAUGCCAAGGGAAACAUUAACAUAGAAGAGUUGAGGAAGGCUGCUGAAACACACAAGGACAACUUAUCAGCACUUAUGGUAACAUAUCCUUCAACCCAUGGUGUUUAUGAAGAAGGUAUUGAUGAGAUUUGCAAGAUUAUUCAUGAUAAUGGAGGCCAAGUAUAUAUGGAUGGUGCCAACAUGAAUGCUCAGGUGGGACUCACAAGCCCAGGUUGGAUUGGAGCAGAUGUUUGCCAUCUCAAUCUCCACAAGACAUUUUGCAUUCCUCAUGGAGGAGGUGGCCCUGGAAUGGGUCCUAUUGGUGUAAAGAAACACUUGGCACCAUUUUUACCUUCACACCCUGUGAUAUCAACUGGUGGAAUUCCUGCCCCUGACCAAUCUCAACCACUUGGUACCAUCUCUGCUGCACCAUGGGGCUCAGCACUCAUAUUGCCAAUCUCUUACACUUACAUAGCCAUGAUGGGUUCUAAAGGACUCACCGAUGCAUCAAAGAUAGCCAUUUUGAAUGCAAACUACAUGGCUAAACGAUUGGAGAAUUAUUACCCGGUUCUUUUCCGCGGAGUCAAUGGAACAGUUGCUCAUGAGUUCAUCAUUGACUUAAGAGGCUUUAAGAAUACUGCUGGAAUUGAGCCUGAAGAUGUUGCAAAGCGCCUCAUGGACUAUGGUUUUCAUGCACCAACAAUGUCAUGGCCUGUUCCUGGCACACUCAUGAUUGAGCCUACUGAGAGUGAAAGCAAGGCUGAGUUAGACAGGUUCUGUGAUACUCUUAUUUCCAUUAGACAAGAAAUUGCUGAGAUUGAGAAAGGAAAUGCUGACAUCAACAACAACGUACUUAAGGGAGCCCCUCAUCCACCAUCACUGCUCAUGGCUGAUGCAUGGACAAAACCAUACUCCAGGGAAUAUGCAGCCUUCCCAGCUCCAUGGCUCCGUGUUUCAAAGUUCUGGCCUAGCACAGGACGUGUUGAUAAUGUGUACGGUGACCGCAACCUGAUCUGCACCCUUCACCCAGCAUCACAGGGUGUUGAAGAAGAAGCUGCAGCCACAGCCUAGAAUUCAGUUUCCAUUGACAACUAUUUUCAUUUCCCGUUGUACAUAAAAACUCUUCCUCUUCAUACAGUCCUUGCACCUGUUGAAUAUUGCUUCAUCAUAUCUGAUAAUGAUGAUAAUCAACUGCUCUUAAGUUUCAUCCAACAACAAGAAUGAAAGCCCCUCCCACGGGGAAAAAAAUAGUAAAGCUAAAGAAUAGUAUAAUUGCUACUGCUA